GUGAAAAUCGGGGAUGCAAGGAGGGAAUUAUAAAUUUGUCCACUUUAUUCGCAAUUUCUCGUCGAUCAAACCGUGUUAGAAGGAAUCAGGUGAGUCAUGGAGGAGAUCAAAAGUAAACUGAGCGAUAUCCUGAGCCAAGUUGACGCAGCAUCAUUGUUACUUAGGAACUGUGGUAACGGAGGUAUUCCUGAUGAUGAGCUAUUUGAGAUUGACUAUCACGUCGACAGUGCUCGUAAAUCUGUCACAAAAGUUAGCAAAAUUCUGAAAUCGACUUUAGGAUGUGCUGAAAAUAUGUCACAUCCUGAGACAUCUCUCCCCAGCAAAGAUGAAGAUUGUGAUGCUGAUAAAACUAAUAGCAGCAGCGUGAUCGAUGAAUCAUCAGAUAUGUUUGAUGACAGACACGACAUGUCUAAGAAUGGCGUUUGUGACAGCGUACAAAACAGUGUAGACAUCAAUGGUCAAGGUGGACUUGCUAUAAGUCUCAUUAAAGGUGGUGAGGACUCCGUCGAUAGCGUAGAUGUGAAACUGAAUUCUAGUUUUACGGAUGAUACAAAGGGGCAUCCUGAUGCCAAUUUAUCAAAGGCAGAGAUCAGUGGUCUUAUGGAAGCAUUCCUGGAUGAUGAUGAUGAUGAUAUUGACUUUGGUGGCGAAGACGAGGUUGAUCUGGUUGAGGAGACAAAAGAAGAUGACGAAGAAGACACAGAUGAGGAUACUGAUGAUGCAUUACAUCAGCCAACUGACCCUAAAUAUUCCAAAGUGCUGAAGCAAUAUUUUGGAUAUUCUAAGUUCAGACCAAAGCAGUGGAAAAUCAUCAAUUCCAUUCUGAAUGACAAGAGAGAUCAGUGUGUCAUCAUGGCUACUGGCUAUGGUAAAAGUUUAUGCUACCAGUACCCAUCAUUGUAUACUGGUCGCAUGACGAUUGUUAUCUCGCCGCUGAUAUCACUGAUGGAGGACCAGGUCAUGGCUUGUUGUCUUGCCAACAUCAAAGCAACCUUUCUUGGAAGUUCACAGGUUGACAAUGCCAAAGUACGAUGUGACGUCUUGAAAGGUGUAUAUCGCAUCUUGUACAUGACUCCAGAGUUGGCUUGUGAGGCGAGUGAUCUGAUGAAGAGCAUAGACUCCAAUGUUGGUAUUGACUUGAUAGCUAUAGAUGAGGCCCACUGCGUCUCUCAGUGGGGGCACGACUUCAGAACGGGCUACAGGUUACUGGGAAACAUUAGGAACUUUCUCCCUAAGGUGCCACUAGUGGCACUGACUGCCACUGCUACCCCUGAGGUUCGAAAGGAUAUCUGCCGAUCGCUGAAACUCAAGACACCACAGGUCACCUCUACUGGAUUUGAUAGGCCGAAUCUCUUCCUCUCUGUCUCGCUCAAGUCCAAUGACAUCCACCGGGACCUAAAACAUCACAUGGAACUCAUCAAUGGGAAGCUACAGUUCCCUGGACCGACGAUAAUCUACUGCCCGACGAAGAAAGAAACAGAAAACGUGACGUUAGUCCUUAGAGGGAUGGAAGUACCAUGUGCGCGGUACCAUGCCGGUCUAGGCUUUGCAGAGCGGAAAGAAUCGCAUCGAAGUUUCGUGACUGAUAAAGUAAAGGUGAUCGUCGCUACAGUUGCGUUUGGGAUGGGCAUCGAUAAGCCCGACGUACGGAAAGUCAUCCAUUAUGGCGCGCCAAAAGAUAUAGAGUCGUACUAUCAAGAAAUUGGCCGAGCGGGGCGGGACGGGCAGCAGAGUUAUUGUCACAGUGCCUAUGCAAUCAGAGACUUUGUGACGAACAAAUUUAUCCUUAAUAGUUCUGCUGACAAAAUGAACGCCACGUUCAUGGCACACAAGUUGAAGAUGGCAAACAAGAUGGAGCAGUAUCUGGCUACGACUGAAUGUCGACGAAAGUCUAUUUUGUCGCACUUUGAAGACAAUAUGGCCAACAUAGGCGGUAGUGACGACUGUUGUGACAACUGUAGAGAAUAUAACAAAGCUCUGGCGACUGGUUCGUCACAGGGUUCAAGGGAGGUGAACUUGGGCAAGGAGGCGAGAGAUUUCCUCAGCGCUAUUGAGGCGACCGGUGAGAGAUACGGUAUGGGAGUGCCCGUCCUGUUCCUGAGAGGAUCCACCGCUCAGAAGAUGCCAGCGUAUCUGGUUCAUCGACCAAAAUUUGGCUCCGGAGAUUAUCAUCCAGAGAAGUGGUGGAAGGCCUUCGGGCGCCAAAUGGUCUGUUCCGGAUACCUUCAAGAAGAAUCAUUUGGUGUCGGUCGAAUCCUCAAAUUCAGCACAUCGGGGAGUCGACUUCUUCAAAAGCUAAAGUGCGAGAAUGAACCACAACUCAUGAUGGUUCCGAAUCAAGAAAUCAGGGCGGUCGAGAAGGAGCGUGUGGAGGAGAGGAAGAUGCUGGAGAAUCUGCCCAGGAUUUUACCGUCUGUUCCCCAGAGUUCCUGGCUGGCCGCCCAACAGAGCUCGGCGAGUGUGACCUCUGCCGUACCAGCAGUGUCACCAGAGGAGAAGGCUGCUAGGGGCAAGAUGUACACGUCUCUUAUUGGUUUGAGGAACAGAUUGGCAGAUGAACAGGGCUGUGCUCCCUAUAUGGUCGCCAGUAAUAAGGUGCUGGUAGACAUGGCUGGAAUUAGACCAAGCACAAAAGAUGGCCUACUCAAACUUGAAGACUUCCCUGAGGUCAAGAUCGACAAAUUCGGUGCUGAUUUCCUGGAACAUAUCAUUGCGCAUUGUAAGGAGAACGAUUACAGCCUUGAUAACUUUGUGGAGGAGAAACCAUCAGCAUCCAUGUUGAAUGCCAGUCGGAGUAUUGAUGAGGCUAUCCUUACAAAACUGUCUAACACAUCAAGGACGUCCUUCAUGAUGUACCAUCAACAUCAGUCUGUUGCAGUGGUUGCGAAAAUGCGGAAUUUGAAAGAGGGAUCUAUCGUCAAUCACUUGUGUGAUGCUAUCAAGUUAGGCUGGUCUGUGGAUCCGGCCAAGUUGGGACUGACACCUCAGGUCCGAAAGCAGAUCACAGACGCGAUAAGAGCACCUCCUAUUAACUCAGAUAUUACCAAGUUGACGCCAAUAAAAGACGUACUGCCAGAACACAUGACAUGGGAACAGAUAAAGGUUACCAUCGCCCUUCUAGUGGUGCAAUUUGGUGGUACGAGUGGUGCUUUGGACGUCAAUCAAAAUGACCAAGGGCCCAAGUUCACUGCAAGAGUAUCGUCACCCUCAGUGUCUUCGACUCCUAGUGAGCAGAAUGGAAAAAGAAAACUGCCAGGUUGGAUGAGCUCACAGAACGGUGCCAGUGGCACUGCGACCAAGAAACCGGCACUUAGCAGUAAAAAAUCCUUCGGUUUUGCACGGCGUUGAAUGAAAUUGAUCCAUAACAGAGGUCAUAUGUAGAUCCAAGACCUGCUGGGGACAUUGGAGGACCCACUCUAUCAUACCCUAGCUCGGGUGUAGGAUUUGCACCAUGACAAAAUGUCCUGCAUUUAUGUACUUUAUCUGUGGGAGUUAUGUGUAAGAGCGAAAUGGAGUACCAUUUAGUUCGUCAUGUUGAUAUCUUUCAAUUAAUGUGACUGCCUUUUUGAAAAAGGUAAAGCUUUUGGCCUUUCUGCAAUUCCAAAUUCUACUACCUUUUUAUGGUGCUUUGUAUCAAUUUGUCAUACUGUAAUCUAUUCCAGUUUGUAAUAAAAUCAAUUUUUUCAA